AUGUCCGCCUCAGGCUCAAUAUCNCUUUUGGGACUUGCCUUGGUGUUCCUCAGUGUCCUCAAGGUCUCAGCUCAUGGCGGUGGUCAUGAACAAGCCCCCAUAGCCGCCGACGCAGACUGGGCGACACGACACAUGGCUGGUAAGGCCAGCUUCACUCUCUGCGCUCAGAGUAUCGCUGACACCUGCCACNNAGAGGAACACCACAUCAACUCCUUCGACGCCGGCUCAUUCUUCAACCUUCACGACUAUGACAGCAGCGGCACAUGGACCCCUGACGACAUCCGCAAGACCUACGGCCUGAGAGAUGAGAGCACAAAAGACCUGGCUGAAGACAAGAAGGAGGAAGUCGUGCGCAAGGUUCUAGAGCUCUUCGACAAGGACAGAAGUGGCACCAUCUCGUUCGCCGAAUUCCUUGUGGCUGAUGCUCACGGCAUCAAGCUACCUGACUUCGGCUACGGUCCUGGCCACCACGGAGACGACGAGUACGAGUAUGAGAUCCACCAUUUCGAAAAGUUCCACGGAGACGACACGACUGAGGAGGACUUGACGCACCCUGAGGACAUUGCGCAUUUCCGUAAGCAUGAAAUCAUGGAGCAAGAGGCAGAACGUCAGGCAAAGCUCGAUCGCAUGGAGAUUGUUGAAGCGAACAUCCCUCAAAAGUUCCGCCGUCAUGGUCAUUGA